CCUCGCUUUUUCCUUCCCCUUAAUUCUUUCCCCCCCCCCAAGCCCGUUUGCAAGACUUCAAGCCUCCAAACGACUCCUGUCACUGUUUCGCUAGUCGCUUUCUGCUCCAGCUGUCUCCCAAUCAGUCUCUCAGGGAGCACCUCUUGGAGCUUUAGGGACCACUUCGCCACAGUCAGACACACCAGGGUCAGGCCGACCGAGGAGACGCGCACAUCUCAAACAAGACUCGCUGAUGCUGAGUGACUGCGCUGCGCCAUCCAAAGUCAACUGCCCCGCCCCUGCCUCAUCGCUGUGUGCGUGUGCGUGCGCGCGUGUGUGUUUAUGUGUGUUCUAGUGUCACGUGGUUAGUAUGCAGGGGGUGUGUGUGUCAUUCGUGUGCGUGUGCGUGCUCCUCCACAACGUUAUUUCACAGCCGCCCAAAGAAAUUGACACCCAAACGGAAUGCACAGAUGGCUAUCAUUGGGACCCUCAGACAGAGCACUGCAAAGACAUCAACGAGUGCGAGACCAUCCCGGACGCGUGCAAGGGGGAGAUGAAAUGCUUCAACCACUACGGAGGCUACCUGUGCCUUCCCCGCUCGGCCUCGGUCAUCCCGGCCCCCGAACCCCCCAUCGCGCCCACCGAGGCCUUCAACCCCUGCCCCCUGGGCUACGAGCCUCAAGGAGACAGCUGCGUGGACGUGGACGAGUGCGAGCGCGACGAGCAUGACUGCCAGCCCAGCCAGCAGUGCGUCAACACCCUGGGGGCCUUCACAUGCCACUGUCCUGACGGCUACCGCAAAGUGGGCACCGAGUGCAUUGACAUCGACGAGUGCAGGUACAGGUACUGCCAGCAUCGCUGCGUCAACGUUCCCGGCUCCUUCACGUGCCAGUGUGAGCCUGGCUUCCAGCUGGCGGGAAACAACCGCUCCUGCGUCGAUGUGAACGAGUGCGACAUGGGUGCCCCAUGUUCUCAGCGCUGUUACAACACAUACGGCACCUUCCUGUGCCGUUGCGAGCACGGCUACGAGCUGGGGCCUGAUGGCUUCGCGUGUAACGACGUGGACGAGUGCAGCUACUCCAGUUACUUGUGCCAGCACCGCUGCGUCAACCAGCCUGGAAAGUUCUCCUGUGUGUGCCCUGAGGGAUACCAGCUGCAAGGCACGCGACUCUGCCAGGAUAUCAACGAAUGCGAAACGGGUGCACAUCAGUGCACGGACACGCAGACGUGUGUCAACAUCCACGGACGAUACCAGUGCGUGGACGCCAACCGAUGCCUGGACCCGUACGUGCAAGUGUCCGACAACCGCUGCGUGUGUCCCGUGACGAAGGCGGCGUGCCGAGAUCUGCCGUUCUCCAUCGUGCACCGCUACAUGAGCAUCACGUCGGAGCGCUCGGUGCCGUCUGACAUCUUCCAGAUUCAGGCCACCAGCGUCUCCCCGGGAGCCUACAACACUUUCCGCAUUCGCUCCGGUGACACGCACGGAGACUUCUACAUCAGGCAAAUCAACAACAUCAGCGCCAUGCUAGUCCUGGCCCGGGCCGUGUCGGGCCCGCGCGAGUACACGCUGGACCUGGAGAUGGUGUCGGUCAACCCGCUGCUCAGCUACCAGGGCAACUACCAGAGCAGCUCCGCCCUCAGACUCUCCAUCUACAUCGGCCCCUACACCUUCUAAUGCUCGCAAAUCAACAGACACCCGCAGCAGGCGGGAGGGACGACGAGGCACCGACAAACGCAAAGAGGAGGAGGCCGUGUGCAACUCUCACGUCGUCUUCAACUGUGCAAACAUUGCUCUUUUGGAACCUUUUGAGUCGUUUCCACGCAUCACACACACGGAAAACCCGUUCAGUAUUUCUUUCAUGUCCUACUAGUGCGCCGAGUUCGGAAUGAAAACAAGCUCACUCCCAACAAAUGUUCCAAAGCUCUAUGGAAAGCCAAUUGAGCAUGAAUUCCAUAUCCUUCAUAUCAGAAGAUCCAUAUAUAGCACGUUCUUUGUCCUCACUAGUAAGACCAUUCCGUGCACUUGUGGAAUAACUUUGGUGCACUAGUAGUUUAACUGUAGCUUGCUUGUAACUCUUUUCUACUACGAGUGCCAGUCUUUAUCCUGCUCGUACACAUUUUGACCUUUCUGAUAGCACGACUAGGCCUAAUUAGCAGGCAUGUGUCACGCACUAGUAGCCUUCUUAUCAAGGAUAUUGACAAAAUCCUCAAAUGGCUGAAAGGACCAUAGACUAGUUUGCACUUUGUCCUCCCUCGUAGGACCGCCACGUGUUCCUUUAUAUCCUGCUGGCACUACUACUAAAUGAAGCAUUCCAUGUUAACUAGUACAGUAUAAUUUUAUAAAGUCACUAGUAAUAGUAGUAGCACGGAGGCAUCAAGUAGUGCAAAGUUUUGCCUCACUAGUAUGUGGUUGUCCUACUAGUUUGCUAAAGUUUCCUUACGAGUGUGCUGGAUUGUCCUACUAGUGAGGACAAAGUGCGUACACCUUAAGAGGAUAUCAAGGAUAGGGACUCGAUGCUCAAAAUGGUUUUCCGUUGACACGCAUUGCCGGACUUUGGGCUCAAAGUCGUCUGCUGAAAGCUGGUAACAAAUGAGCGGGGACGAGUGCGCGUUUGUGCGCAUGCGUGUUCAUCCCAUUUGUGUCUUUUCCUGUUCUCAUAGUGAUCCGCAAAGCACAAACUUCAAACGUCUCUUCUUGAUGCCUCCCAGAUUUGCGACAUUGGAACAACCCGUUUGUAUUUUUUUUUUCCUUUCUGUCUUACAUUUUGAACCCCAAUAAAAACAUGAUACUUUAAUAUUUUAA